AUGGACCUGGACACCGACCAAGGCGACUCCGGUGUCGGCAUCGGCACCGGUAGCAACGGCAACGGCAAUGCCAUGGUGAAUGGAAUUCAUCACCCCGGCGUUCGCCGCCAUUCCCACUCACACCAUAAUGGAAGAGGAGGAGUAGGAAGUCUUGGUAAUCACAGCCACGGCAAUGGAAGCAAACACGGCAACGGCAGUGGAAACGCAUCGUCAAGCGGCAACGGAACCGGGAACGGCCGUCACGGCAGCACCAGCAGCACCACCAUUCACGUCCACAACGAGAACGGCAAUGGGAAUGGAAAUGGAAACCACAAUUCGCAACAGCAGCUGGCAUCUCCGCCGCUCACACAUCCGUCGAAUCCGACCCCUCUGACGGAGGGCGGGAGACGUCGUCGGCACCGCGACAAGGAACGCGUCCGCGUCACCCGCGCCUGCGACAGGUGCAAGAAGCGCAAGAUCCGCUGCACAGGCAUCCAGCCCUGCGAGUUGUGCAUCCGCACCGAGUCCCACUGCACCUACAAUGCGUCUUAUGCACGGGGUCGUCAGCCGCCCGUGGCCACUCGGGAGGAUGUCGCCCGAAUGGACCUCGAUGGUCUUGAUGUCUCCGUGUCGGACCAUCCCAACGCUGCUGCUGCUGGUGAAGAUGCGUUGAUGGGCUCCUCCAUCGUCGUGGACGUCUCUGAGCCCGGUGAUACUGACCAUCAAGACGAGACCAUUAUGAACGGCACGAGUCUGGCCGUUGUGGGCAGCGUCGGCCCAGGAACCGCUGAGCCUCCCUCCCGGGCAUCACCUGAACCUACUCAGACGGAUCUCCAAGGCCAUUAUGUCGGUCCCUCAUCGGGUGUCUCUUUUCUGUUGAGAGUCCAGAAGCGCCUUCAUCAAGCUGUCUCCUUCUCACAAGCCUCCUCCAUCUUCACCUUUGGCGAUGCACCGCUCCCAGACUUUGAUCCCAGCGGCGCCUUCUGCGUCCUGCUGUCCAAGGAAGAGGCCACGACGCUCUUGAAGAGAUACUUUGAGUUCGCCGUGCCAACCCAUCGCUUCCUACACCGUCCUACCGUGGAAGGCUGGCUCGAGGAGUUCUACGACACCAUGGGUGCCAUGAAGAGCCAGGAGGACGCACCGGCCCGGAGAGCCCUGCUAUUUAUGGUGUUUGCUCAGGCGCAGGAGUACAUGGGCACCACACACUCGCGUGAGAACGCAGACGCAAGCGCUCGAUACUUCUUGGCUGCAGAUCACCAGCUUUCCAAAGAGAGAGGCGCCGUACGCCUGACCAGCGUCCAGGCCCGGCUAUGCCAGUGCUUCUGGCUGCUGUCACAGUCUCGCAUUAACCAUUGCUGGAGCUUAUUUGGCACCGCAGGACACCUUGCUCUCGCCAUUGGUCUGAACCGCAACAGGCAUGCAGACCCGGCAGGGGGAUACAACUACAUCGAGCUGGAGUGUCGCCGUCGCACGUUUUGGUGCGCUUACAGUCUCGACAACUAUCUCAGUGCCGCACUUGGACGUCCCCGAACGUUUCAUGAUGAGGACAUUGAUCAGGAACUUCCGUCCUGUUCAGAAGAUGCGGAUCUUCAUGCAGACCACAUCACACCCCGUAUGGGCCGGGGCCAGUCUCUCAUGCUGGCUCCGGUGGCUCAUGUCAACAACUUUGCCCGAUUACAACGAAACGGCAAAAGCCGUCGCAAGAGUGUACCUCACAAGGACCAGACAGAAGAAAGCGUCAACGCCUGUCUCGACGCUGCGAUGCACGUUGUCGACACCGUCAACGAUCUUAUACAGGCAGGGCAGCUAUUCCGUGCUUUCUGGUUCACUUCCUACUUCGCCUUCUCGGCCGUUGUUGUUCUCUAUGUAUAUACCAUCCAGCAACGGACAGCCCCGACAGAGACAUGGCAGGCCUACUUCAACGCCGCAUAUCGCUGCCAGACCCAACUGGCCUCUCUCGCCGACAACGAGUCAACGCUGGCCGCGCGAUACUGCCUCGUCCUCGAGGAGCUGAGGACCGAGGCGCUUCGACAGACCGAGCGGCACCAGAGCCCGGCCAUCACUCAUCAGACGGGGCAAAAUGGCGGACAGGUUCCCCGCGCUGCUCUCAUUGCUGCCGGGAACGAGGAUGUCCAGCCGCAGCAUGAGCAGCAUCACCUGGCCAACCUCAACUUCCCCGAUGUGGGACACGCAGACGAGUUUGUUGGGUUUGAUGCGAGCCCGAGCAGCUCUCUGGCUGACAUGACGAGCUGGGGCCAAUUUGACUCCAUGGUAUGUAACAAUCCCAUGCCCCGAGGCACACUCUCCUUGCCAGCGUAUUGA